AUGCAGUACAUAGAAUGGAUUAAGGGUCACAGAAAGUGCUCGUCUCGCAAAGAUAGAAAAAUCAGAAUAAUCGCAAGUGGACUUUCUCAAAAAUGCCGAAAUUGUUCUUCACAGCACACAGCAAACGAGCUUUCUGUUAUGACUGAUGCUGAAGUUGGCAUCAUCGUGUGUCCGCAAGGUAGCAAGCCUUACUCUUUCGGUCAUGCAGAUGUACAUGAAACUAUUAACAAAUAUGUUGGUGAAGAAAGGCCUUCAUCACCAUCAUCAGCAACCAUUGAUGACAAGUAUGUCCAAAAGUUCCGAAAAGUCAAUUCAAGAGAACUUAAAACACGACUCAAUUCUCUACAAGACCAGUUGGAUUUUGAAUUAAACUUGAAAAGUAAACUCAAGAAAAUGAAUAAGAAUGUGGAGAGCCAACAAGAGUGGUUCAAGGGUCCUAUAAAGAAUAUGAACUACACCGAGGCUUCAAUGUUGAAGGAGGGAUUGGAAAAUCUGCUUUUGAAGGUGAAGAACUAUGGUACUGAGCGUUGUUAUGGUUACGAAAAUGGAAAGUGGAAGGUUGUAUAA